AGCCAACAAGAAAAUGGCGGUAAAAACAAGUUCAUAGGCAUACAGAAUCCACUAAGAUAUUUUAGUCGUAGCCAACAGCACUAGUGUUUAACAAAUCGGCAAAGAAUUAGAAUCAAUAGCAAUCAGCACAGAUCAAAUUUAUAAAAAUGAGUAAUAACGCAAGCUGGUCAGUCGCUUAUGAUGGCAAUAAUCUUAACCAACCUGGUUGGAGCUGCACAACAAAUGAAGGACUCUACAGAAAAGGGGUUUUAAUUGGAAAUUGGAGCGAAGAAAGAGCCGACGUAGAUCAUGUUAGAAUACCAAAGAGACUGCCUUCGGCUUAUGAUCAUUACUACAAAACCAUCUACAAAACUACAUAUUCCAAAGAGCCUACAAAGGUGCCGGACACUCUUAUAGGUCAGAAAAAGAGAUUUCCUAAUGCUUACCCACACCACCAACCAGAACUUGAUACACCUGAGCUGCAGUUUCGGGCUAACACUUGGGAAACGACUCAAAGGGCUGAUUACUUACAUCCGGACUUAAAAAGAACGAUAUUGAUCCCGAGCAAUUCGCUAGUCGUUACAAAGACGGAAACACCACAACCAACUGCCCAAUACACACCAAAAGGAUCACACUGCUGCAAUCCUGCACCAACUGUUAUACCUGCGACAUACUAA